CCUCCCGGUGGGGCAGCUACUCUGCUGGGCUGCCGGUUGAGUCAGCCUUAGUCCCUCACUGCUCUUCUCCUAGUCCCUGAAACUCAACUGCCUGGGGAGCCAGGGCCAGCCUACGAAGGUGUUCCGUCUAUACUGGACCCCUACAGUGUUGAAACAGAGCAAGACGAACCAGACACUUGCUUCUGCUUCUGGAAGAGAAGUGACUUCAGGAAGGAAUCCAUGUGUGCCCAGUGGGGGCACUGCCCCAACUGAUGCCCCAGAGGGGCUACCCAUCUCAAGAGGGGCUCUGGGCCCCACCUUGCCUCCUAAUGGCACAUGAGCCAGAGCCCGACAGACUGUUGGACCUCAGCUUCCUAACAGAGGAGGAGCAGGACGCCAUUGCUGAAGUCCUGAAGCGUGAUGCCGACCUGCGCCAGCUGGAAGAGGGGCGGGUCAGCAAGCUCCGGGCCUCACUGGCAGACCCUGGGCAGCUGAAAAUCCUGACGGGGGACUGGUUCCAGGAAGCACGCACCCAACGGCACCACCAUGCUCACCUUGGCUCUGACCUUGUUCGAGCCUCUAUCCGCAGGAAGAAGAGUUCCAGGGGAGACCAGGCUGUAGGCAGCGAUAAGGAGCCUGAGAUUGCUGAGAAAGAGACUGAAGAGAAGCUGGAGCCCAGGCUCCCCAUAGACAAGGCCCCCCAGGAGAGGCUCAGCAAGGCUGAGGGACCUGAUUUCCCCUCACCAUAUGGCCUUCCAAAGUCUUCAGAUCAUGAGGAGGAGCCCCAGGCCCAGGAAGCCCCUGGCCCAGGGGGUGCACAGGUCUACGAGGAGGCGGACCCGGAGCCCAAGCCGCCUUCUGGGGAAGAGGUGGAGCCGCAGCACCCUCCAGCCCAGGCCCAGGCGGCGUCCGAGAUCCUGGAGAACGGGGAGGAGACCCUGGGGCCCGGCCCCUCGCUCGACCGCAUGCUCAGCAGCAGUUCCUCCAUGUCCAGCCUCAACUCUUCCACGCUGAGCGGCAGCCAGAUGAGCCUGUCCGGGGAGGCGGAGGCGGGCGCGGUGCAGGUGUGCGGCUCGGUGCACUUCGCGCUACGCUAUGAGCCGGACGCUGCGGAGCUGUGCGUACACGUGAUCCAGUGUCAGGGCCUGGCUGCCGCGCGGCGCCGCCGCUCAGACCCCUACGUCAAAAGCUACCUCCUCCCGGAUAAGCAGAGCAAGCGCAAAACAGCCGUGAAGAAACGGAAUCUGAACCCCGUCUUCAACGAGAUUCUCCGGUACUCCGUCCCGCAGGCGGAACUCCGGGGUCGCGUGCUGAGCCUGUCCGUGUGGCACCGCGAAAGCCUAGGUCGCAACAUCUUUCUGGGCGAAGUCGAAGUGCCCCUGGAUACCUGGGACUGGGACUCCGAGGCCAUCUGGCUCCCCCUGCAGCCCCGGGUCGCGCCCUCUCCCGACGGCCUUUCCAGCCGCGGUCGGCUCUCUCUGUCCCUCAAGUACACCCCAGCCGGCUCCGAAGGUGCAGGACUGCCCCCGAGUGGGGAGCUGCACUUCUGGGUGAAGGGAGCUCAGGACCUGGUGCCUCUUCGUUCAGGAUCCCUGGAUACUUUCGUACAAUGCUCAGUGCUGCCUGAUGACAGCCGGGCCAGCCGCCAACGGACAAGGGUGGUCCGAAAGAGCCUCAGCCCCGUAUUCAACCACACCAUGGUUUAUGAUGGCUUUGGGCCUGCUGACCUGCGCCAGGCCUGUGCUGAGAUCUCCCUCUGGGAUCAUGGAGCCCUGGCCAGCCGCCAGCUAGGGGGUACACGCCUCAGCCUGGGAACUGGCAGCAGCUAUGGGCUCCAGGUGCCCUGGAUGGAUUCCACACCUGAGGAGAAACAGCUGUGGCAGACACUCCUGGAGCGACCAUGCGAAUGGGUGGAUGGCCUUCUGCCCCUCAGAACCAACCUGGCCCCCAGGACAUAGCUGCCUGACAAGCCUUACCAAACCCUUCUCUGGACCCCCAUCUCAGGGCCUGCCCUUGGCAAAAGUCAAUAAAGUCUAU